AUGACUCUCACUUUAAUACAAGCUCAUGGUUUGGUUAUGAUCCUUGCAUGGAUGGUAUUCGGUUCAACCGGUAUUUUAUUUGCACGUUAUGGACGUUCAUUAAAAUUAGGAGCUCGACGACAAUUACUUGGCAAAGCUGUUUGGUUUCAAAUACAUAGAUUUCUUCUUACACUAACAUCAUUAUUAACACUUCUUGGCUUUCUUUUAAUAUUAGUUCGUGCUAGUGGUCAAUGGGUUAAUCCUCAAACGUCUGACAUCCGUUUAUUUAUUCAUUCAAUAUGUGGUGGUAUAAUUGUAUGUUGUGUUAUGACACAAAUAUGGUUGGCAUUAUAUCGUUGUCAUCCACAAAGUCAUUUUCGUUUUAUGUUUGAUUGGAGUCAUCGUAUUACAGGUCUAUUAGCUUUUACUUUGGUUAUUCCAACUAUAUUUUUAGUAGCUCUCUUUAUGUCAAGAUCUCGUCCAGGAUUUGUUCCUAUUUUUGCAUGUUGGACUGGUUGGAUUGUAAUUCUUGUAAUCAUAUUUGAAAGAAUUCAAUAUCAACAACGAGUAGCUAUAUUACCAGUAGGUAAUAAUGUUCGAAUCGAUGAUAGAAAUCAAGAGAAUAUUAAUAUAAAUGUACGAAUAGAUACAGAAGCAAGUACAAAUGCAAAUGUUGGUAAUCGACGUCAUAAUCAAAUAAAAAUACUUUUACUUUUUAUUCAUAUCAUUGUUACUACAGUUCUUUCUAUUGUAUUAAUUGUAUUUAUUUCAAAUUAA